UUCCCUAUAGGAACAUAACUAACAUCCCUACAAUUAUUAGGCGGAACUGUAUAGUUGGUUGCAUUGUUGGCGGUCCUCUACAGUUUCAGUAUAUUUCGGUUGUUGCAAAGUAAUCGUCAUGGCUACUGAGCGGUACAGUUUUUCUUUAACCACUUUUAGCCCAUCUGGAAAAUUGGUGCAAAUUGAAUAUGCACUGGCAGCAGUUGCAGCAGGUGCUCCAUCUGUGGGGAUUAAAGCAUCAAAUGGUGUGGUAUUAGCUACAGAAAAUAAGCACAAGUCUAUACUUUACGAAGAACAUAGCGUAAACAAAGUUGAAAUGAUUACGAAGCACAUUGGUAUGAUCUACAGCGGGAUGGGUCCAGAUUACAGAUUGUUAGUGAAACAGGCCCGUAAAAUGGCUCAGCAGUAUCUCCUAGUUUACCAAGAACCUAUACCAACUGCCCAACUUGUACAGCGAGUUGCUAUGCUUAUGCAAGAAUAUACUCAAUCUGGAGGUGUUAGACCUUUUGGAGUUUCACUUUUGAUCUGUGGCUGGGACAACGACAAACCGUAUUUAUACCAAUGCGAUCCAUCUGGUGCUUACUUUGCCUGGAAGGCUACUGCAAUGGGAAAGAAUUUCAAUAAUGGUAAAACCUUCUUGGAAAAAAGGUAUAGUGAGGAUUUAGAACUUGAUGAUGCUAUUCACACUGCCAUUCUUACAUUAAAAGAAGGAUUUGAGGGUCAGAUGACUGCUGACAAUAUCGAAGUUGGUAUAUGUGAUGCAAAUGGCUUCAGACGAUUGGAUCCUUCUAAUGUAAAGGAUUAUCUCGCCAAUAUCCCUUAAUUCUAGAUUAAUUUUCUACUGUAUUAACCUACGACUUUCGUAAAAACGAUUAGUUCGUAUGGAUGGAUAUAAUAAAAGUUUCUUUUGAAUAUACAAACCUA